CGAGCGGGCGGCGGGCAGCGUCUCCGCCGGCAUCUGCGCGGCCGCCUUUGCCCGGAGCCCGGGGACCGAGCGCCGGACCCGCCGCCUGGCGCACGGACGCGGAGCUCCCGCUUUGUGCUCCGCGCCGGUUCGACGAGCAUUCCGGGAGGCUGCGGCCACCGCGCCCCGGCGGCCUCGGAGGCCCGCGGCUGGAGGUGCCGGAGCCGCUCGGUCCGCGCGGCUGAGCCCCGCGUGCCCCACUGCUCGCCGGGCUGCUCCGAGCCGCGGUGCUCCGGGGCUCCAAACUCGGGCUGGCGGGGCAAGUGUCUUCAUGAACCCAGAGGAUGUCCGGGAAGCACUACAAGGGUCCUGAAGUCAGUUGUUGCAUCAAAUACUUCAUUUUUGGCUUCAAUGUCAUAUUUUGGUUUUUGGGAAUAACGUUUCUUGGAAUUGGACUGUGGGCGUGGAAUGAAAAAGGUGUCCUGUCCAAUAUCUCGUCCAUCACCGACCUCGGUGGCUUUGACCCUGUCUGGCUUUUCCUCGUGGUGGGAGGAGUGAUGUUCAUUCUGGGGUUUGCAGGGUGCAUCGGAGCACUGCGGGAAAACACCUUCCUUCUCAAGUUUUUUUCUGUGUUCCUGGGGAUUAUUUUCUUCCUGGAACUCACUGCUGGGGUGUUGGCAUUUGUUUUCAAAGACUGGAUCAAAGACCAGCUGUAUUUCUUUAUUAACAACAACAUCAGAGCCUACAGAGAUGACAUUGAUCUGCAGAACCUCAUAGACUUCACCCAGGAAUACUGGCAGUGCUGCGGGGCUUUUGGAGCUGACGAUUGGAACCUAAAUAUUUACUUCAACUGCACAGACUCCAAUGCAAGCCGAGAGCGAUGCGGUGUGCCGUUCUCCUGCUGCACUAAAGACCCUGCGGAAGACGUCAUCAACACUCAGUGUGGCUAUGAUGCCAGGCAAAAACCAGAAGUUGACCAACAGAUUGUGAUAUACACAAAAGGCUGUGUGCCCCAGUUUGAGAAGUGGCUACAGGACAAUUUAACCAUUGUGGCUGGUAUUUUCAUAGGAAUUGCACUGCUCCAGAUUUUUGGGAUAUGCCUGGCACAGAAUUUGGUGAGUGACAUUGAAGCUGUCAGGGCUAGCUGGUAGACCCCUGCAACCACUGCUGUCAGACACUGGACUGAUUCCCCCCUCGCUGACUGACCCUCUGUGCGCCGGCCGGCUGAUGGCGGGUUGCAGAGACCUGGUCACAGGUCUGCAGUCUCACCCAAUGGAGCUGCCAAGAACUUAACUUUCUGCGGGGGUAGAACUUGGAAAUGCUGCUCACGGACGGUCCCUCGAACAAGAAAAACGAAACAGCGUGCAAGUCGCGGAGUCGCUGUGCAGUGAAUCUCUACUGUAGCCGUGAAUUGAUGGACAGAUGGAUGCUACCAGAAGGGGGGAAGGGGGAGGUUGGGCACCGCAUGUACUUGAAUUUAUGGAGAAUACAGUGCUGUCCACAUCUUGGCUAAAA